UCUUCCAGACUCGGUUGGAAAUAUUGCAAGGCUUUCUACAGCAAGAUGGGUGCUGUAUAGACUGAACAACUCGAGGUUUCUCUACUGAUUUUUCUAUACCGAUUUGUAGGUUUAUAAUCUGUCUGUGCGCUGCCUCGAGCGCUGUGUUUACAACUGGUUCUGUUGCUUGACGUCUGCUGUGUCGUCGUGCGAAGGAGUUGCCAAGUUUUCCGCUUGGUGCUUGGUGUUCCUCGUCAAGCAAGAGAGAGAAUGGCUGCCAGCAAACCGCAAGGACAACAACAAACGCCAGGCCCGUCACACAACUUCAGAUUACAGUUUAUAACAUGGAAUGUGUGCGACACCACCCCACUACAUGUAAACGUAGCUCCCCUCUUCAGAGCAGAAGGACCUCCUCCUGAUCUCAUUGCCAUUGGAUUACAAGAGGCACCAGGGAAUCCUGCAACUGCCGUCAUAUUUGAGGACAGCUGGGGGAAUGCUUGUAUGAAACACCUGUCUCAGAGGGGGUAUGUCAAAAUCCGUACAGAGCGUAUGCAGGCCAUCCUGCUGCACGUGUUUGUGAAGCUGGAACACCUGGCUCACAUCCGAUGGAUCAAGACUGCCUUCACACGCACAGGGGUGGGGGGAUACUGGGGUAACAAGGGUGCAGUGACAGUGAGGAUGGACCUGUACGGCAACAGUGUGUGCAUCACCAACACACACCUGGCCGCUCACCUGGAGCAGAACGAGAUCAGGAUACAGGAGUUCCAUGCAAUAACAGAGGCUCAGAGGUUUCCUGGCUGCAGGGCUGGAACCAUCAUGGAGCAUGAUUUCAUUUUCUGGAUUGGAGACCUGAACUUCAGGCUGGACCCAAUAGACUAUGAAGCAGUCAUAAAAAACAUUGCAGAUGGGAGGUUUCAAAAACUGCUGGAAUUUGACCAGUUGAAAGAGGCACAAAGAGAGGGUCUUGCCUUUUCUGGGUUUUCUGAGGGAAACAUUACAUUCCAACCAACCUACAAGUUUGACAAAGGAACAACCAUCUACGACACCAGUGAGAAACAGAGGAAGCCUGGCUGGUGUGACCGUAUCCUGUGGAGGACCAGGCCUGGAGCGGAGGUGUCCGUCACACAGCACAGCUACACCAGCCUGCCUCACAUCAAACAGAGCGACCACAGUCCAGUCACCAGCAUCUUCUCCAUACAGGUGGACCUGAACAAAAACCAGCCCCUGGUGCGGUUUGAACCAGUCAGGAACUGGAUGUGUGGUUACAAGGGCGUGGCCUCCUACUCUGUAGUGAUGGACAUCCCUACUAGUGGCUGGGACUGGAUAGGGCUGUACAAGGUGGGUUUCAGCCACCCCAAGGACUAUCACACUUACGUGUGGGGGGAGUCUGCAGGCUUUGGGAAGGGCAAGAGAGGCUGCAUGGUGUUGUUUGAGCCUCCUUACAUGCCUGACGAGCCAGGCUGUUACCUGCUCUGCUACUGGAGCACUCACUUCGACUGCAUCAUUGGUGUCAGCGAGCCAUUCCAGAUCACAAAACCUCCAAAACUGGAAGAGGCCGUGGACGCCCUGACAUUUGACAAGCGCCGUGGCUCCAGCAGCAGCAGCAGUAGCAGCACCUCCACCAGCAGCGCAGACACUGCCAGCGAGGCUGACAUCCUCGACCAGGUCGACGCAGAAACAACCACAAACACUGAGGACAAGCAGGAAGAAAACAUCACUGGCAUUGAGAGGCAUGGAGGAGGGAUAGAACAGGGAAAAGAGGGGGAAGCGUCACCAACACCAAAUACUGACGACAAUCAGGAACAAACAGAUGAGAAAGCAGAGGGAGUGAUACAGCAAGGGAAAGAGGAAACUCAGAAAGCAAGAAAGAGUAAGUCAGACCUAGAGGCCACAUCACAGGUGACUCAGAGGCAAGAAGAAGAAAGAAAAGACCAAAAGUCUAAAGAGGAUGAAGAACAUGCAGAGAUUACAGAGCCACUGUUGCCUGUGUAAGAUGUGAUGGCAUCUAUACCUCAGACAGGAGAUCAAGAGGAGGAAGGAGAGACAAGCACAGCAAUGGAAGCAAAAGAAUCCAACCAAAUGUCACAGGAGAGGGCUGAUGAUGUAGAUGACGAGACCUACUAGUAAGAGGAUCAGAUGUAGAGGAAGAAGAAAGCUAUAGAAAGAUAUGGAAGGCUUCCCUUUCUAUCAUAUGGGUACUGGUAGAAGUUUUUACUAUAUCCCUAGAAUGGAGGAGAAAAAUAAGUUAGUAUGCUGCACAUUAGGAUUGUGAAAGAUGGUGAAUUUGUGUUAUGGAAAAAGUGAAAUGCAGGCAGGUGGUAGGGAUAGUGGACUGUGUUUUGUACAAGGAGUGGUACUAAGUCUUGUGUUGUGGUCUUAGCGGGUUAUAUGGUGAUGGGAUACACGUAUGUGGAGUGAAAAGUGAAAUGGUUUGUAGGGAGACUUGACUUGUGAGUGAAAGUACUGUAGAUCUCAUCUACAUCUAGAUCUAUAACUUUGAAGGCAACACGAAAGUGAUUAGCAAUAACUAUAUACAUG